AUGAAUUUUGAUUGUUAUGCGUUAUGGUAUCGUAAUUUUCGGACGUUGGUAUGUCCAGAACAGACUCAGCUGGGUAGUUUAGCGGUGGAUUCGUCUGGCGAUUUAGUGGUUGCGUCAUCAGUUGAUACCUAUAAUAUAUUCGUUUGGAGUCUUGAAAAUGGUCGAUUACUGGAUGUCUUAUCGGGUCAUAGUGCACCGAUUCCAGCCAUCUCAAUUCAUGGUAAUGCUUUAUGUUGA